UGUGUAUAUACAUACCGAAUAUAUACUUGCGUGCGAUAAUUUUUAUUUUUAUACAUAAUUUGAAAUAUUAAUCAUAACAAGUAAUUAAAUAGUAAUAUAAUCGAAACUUCUACGCUUGUCCGAAACUCCAAUUUCUUUAAUCUAAGCUCUCAACAUACAUCAGCAGAAACGAUUAAAUAGAAUUUUUGCGUAAUGUUGCAAUAGCAAUGUCCUUAAAUGGAACCGAUAUACGGAGUAGGGUCAUAAUAAUUGAGAGUACUCGUGCGAUAUAAUCCUAGCACACAGUACCCAAGUAGUUUGUGGACGGUUACAGAAGCGACUACAAUAUAAUGGCUUGGUUGCAAGUUUUACUUUGUUAUGUUUUGUGCACUAUAAUAAUUGUUACUGCACAACACAGGAGCGAUUCUGAAUAUAAUGAUUUUGAUUUCUACGAAGAUUUAUCAGCGGAUUCGGGAGGUUCUGAUAAAAAAUACAGCAGCGCUGCUCAAGAAGAUUUUUAUAUCACAAAGGUUUUCGAUGAUAUUGGCAUGAUGGAAAAUUGGCAUGACACAAAUUAUCCCGAUUCGAAUCUCCCUGCUUUUGGGAAUAACGUUGAUUCCUUUAGGAAGAAGGAUUUGUUAAAAAACAAGCAAUUUGGUUGGUACAAAUUGCCCGAGAAAGUUUAUAGAUACACUAAACAUCGAAUUCCCGGAUAUGAUUACGAUGAAUUUGAUUAUACACGUUUCAAAUCUUUUCAUGAAUGCGAUGACAAAUCGAUUUGGACGCAUUGCCUUUGUCAAUUCACAUGUUUGAAGCGAGACGUAGUAGAUUGUUACACACCAUGCAAAAGCGGAUGCGAAUGCAAGGAAGAAUACGUUUUCGACGAGAAAACACAAAAAUGUCUAUUACCCGAGCAAUGUUCGUCGGAAGACAAUUACAAUUAUCAAAUGUAAUUAUAUAU